AUGACAGCUUGUGCAGUGGGACUGCAAGCGCUCAGCUCUGCUGAGAAAAAAGGUCCUCCGACUGCUAGCACACAGCGGCGAGCAGAGAAGGCAGGGGAGGAACUGCACAGACUCGGCUGCGGAGGGCGGCGGCGGCCCGCCCCUGGGGCGGGAAAAGCGGAGGUGCCGGGAGACACCUUGAAGCCCUUCCCCGCCCGGGCACAGAAUGGCGCCAACACCAGCCCUGCAAAGCCACAUUCCAAAGCGGGGCCGGUGACAGCCACCGUGGCCCCGCAGGCCUCAGAGAAGACGGUCAAGCCAGCCAAGGCCGCGUCCCUGGCCAGGGGACUCCCAACGCGCAGGCGCACCUGCCGGGGAGGUGCAGCUGGGCGGAGUCAAGAGCCGGAAGUGCCUAGCGCCGCAGCCCCUCCCGGGAAACCAGCGGACCGGAACUCCCCGGAGUUCCCGCCCCCAGACAGAGCCCCGGGUUGCUGGGCAACCGAUGCGGCCACUGCAGCUGGUCUCUGCUUUGCUGGGAACAAGCCCGGUGUAGCUCCCACCUCCGGCGCCGGUAACCUCCCGUCCCGCCCACCUCCCUUAUUGUCGCCUCUCCUCCCGUCGCGGAAUCCUUGCCCUUGGCACUACUUGCAUCUCUCCGGGUCCCACGACACCUUAGCGCCCACCUGCUUCAAAGCCAAGCUCCACCGAAAGCGAGGUGUUCUGCCCCCGGACAUGGCCUCGACGCUGACUGACAGCACCUCUCGGGCCCCGGGCACCUACACCUACACCUACACCAGCCGGCCUCGGGCACUGCCCUGCCAGCGCCGCCGUUACCGGGACAGCCUGACGCAGCCAGAUGAAGAACCUAUGCAUUAUGGAAACAUAAUGUAUGACAGAAGGGUAAUUCGAGGCAACACUUACGCACUCCAGACCGGGCCACUGCUCUUCGACUUUGAUCUUGAAGUUACACCGGUGUUAGAAGUUUUGGUGGGGAAAACAAUUGAGCAAUCUCUUCUGGAAGUCAUGGAAGAAGAAGAGUUGGCUAACCUGCGGGCCAGUCAGCGUGAGUAUGAAGAACUACGGAACAGUGAACGUGCUGAAGUUCAACGACUUGAAGAGCAAGAGAGGCGACACCGAGAAGAAAAAGAACGGCGUAAGAAACAGCAGUGGGAAAUAGCGCACAAGCAUAACGAGACAUCACAAAAAAUCGCUGCCCGAGCAUUUGCACAGCGUUACCUGGCUGACCUUCUCCCGUCUGUUUUUGGCAGCCUCAGAGAUAGUGGCUACUUUUAUGAUCCCAUUGAAAGAGAUAUUGAGAUAGGAUUUCUUCCAUGGCUAAUGAAUGAAGUUGAAAAAACCAUGGAAUAUAGCAUGGUGGGAAGAACAGUGCUUGACAUGUUGAUCCGUGAGGUGGUUGAAAACAGACUGUAUAUGUAUGAGCAUCAGAGAGACUCACAUCCGUCUCCAGAACCCGAGGUUGAGCCUCGUGGCCCUGAAGCAAUGAGAGAGUCACUGGGGGCUUCUGAAUUCCUGGAGCAGAGCAUGUCACAGACACAGGGACUGCUUUUAGACAGAGAUGACCUGCAAAGAACAACGUAUGACGAAAGUUCAUCACAGGAAAGGAAGCUUAUGGAACAGAGCGAGCUCUUAGGGCAGGAUGAAGAAACAGCCAGGAGGGAGUCCUUAGGGAAGGAAGAAUUGUCAUAGGAGGGGAGCUUCGAAGUCAUGAAACCAAUCAACAGCCAAGUCAGCAAGCAAUCAGGUAAUGAUGCAUGAGUCCCCUCAGGUUAUAGAAAUUAUGUUGUAUUUGGUCUAUAUGUCUUUUUGUCUAAUGGACUGGGCCAAUCAAAUGUCAUAAAAUAAAACUACUUUGAAAAUGAAA